AUGUUAAUUGCACUUUCUGCAAAGAACAAGUUAGGUUUUGUUGAUGGAACAAUUGCAAGUGCUGCAAACCCUAGUUUAUGGAAUCGCUGUAAUGAUAUGGUGAUCUCAUGGAUCAUUAACACAUUAUCCAAGGAUAUUAGUGAAAGUGUUUUGUAUGUGCAGAGUGCUGCUCAACUUUGGACAGAACUAAAUGAUAGAUAUGGACAUGCUAAUGGUGCAAAGAUGUAUCAAUUACAAAAGAGUUUAUGUGAAAUUUCACAAGGAAGUAGCAGUAUUGCGGCUUCUUUUACAAAGAGCAAAGGAAUUUGGGGUGAACUCAGUUCUUUAUCUACUAUUUCUCCAUAUUCCUGUGGUACAUAUGCUGAAAUUGUGAAAAAGGACGAAGAACAAAGGUUAAUUCAAUUCCUAAUGGGAUUAAAUCCUAGUUAUGAUAAUGUUAGGGGUAAUAUUCUGAUGAUGCAACCAUUACCUGCUAUAAGCAAAGCUUAUUCUCUUUUGACACAAGAUGAGAAACAAAGAGAGAUUUGA